AUGUUGGCGCAAGCGACAAGACGCGGGACGGCUUGUGCUGUGGCAUCGGCCACUCCCACUCGCAUAAAUCUGUCGCGCACCGCCAAUCCGCUUGCUCGCCCAUCACAUCGGACAUUUGCUAGUACGAGCACCUCACGCUCGCACGAGAACCCGCUCGGGCUGCCGCGCAACAACCAGCGCAUUCCACCGACCAUGCCGCGGCGCGGAGGGCCGCCUCAACCACGCCGCAUCCCGCACGUCAAGCACGUCGUCUGCGUCUCGUCAGGCAAGGGCGGGGUGGGCAAAUCCACGAUCUCGUCGAAUCUCGCGGUGGCACUCGCGCACACGCAGCGUCCUGGCACACGGCGGCCAAGAGUAGGGCUGCUGGACCUGGACAUCUUUGGGCCGAGCGUACCCAAGCUCAUGGGACUCGAGGGGAUGGGCGAGGCGGAGCUCACGCGCGACGGAGCGCUGAUCCCUUUGACGAAUCACGGCGUGCGGUGCAUGUCGAUGGGGUUUCUCUUAGGCAAUACGCGAGCUGACGCGGAUGGGGAGGAGGAGAGGGUGGUGGCAUGGAGGGGGAUGAUGGUGAUGAAAGCGACGCAGCAGUUGUUGUUCGACGUAGAUUGGCGGCAGGAUCCGCACGCCGCGCGCACGAGUACCGGUGGUGGGGAGGAGGGAGGGUUGGAUGUGUUGGUGAUCGACAUGCCGCCGGGGACGGGCGAUGUGGCGCUGUCGCUCGCGCAGCUGGUCGAGGUGGAUGCGGCGCUGGUAGUGACCACGCCGCAAGAGGUGGCGCUGCUCGACGCGCGCAAGGGCGUCGCCAUGUUUCGCAAGACCAACGUCCCCGUAGCGGGGCUCGUGCUCAACAUGAGCCACUUUGUCAGCCCCGACACCGGUCGCGCGUUCGAGCUGUUUGGCAACGCAGCGGCGGUGGAGCGGUAUGCGGACAAGCAGAAGAUCGAGGUGCUUGCUAGGAUUCCGCUCCAGCCGCAUGUGAGUGCCGGCGGCGAUAGCGGCACACCUGUGACGCUCAGGGAGACACUCGAAACGCAGGAUGCGGACGGCAAGGCUCUGACGCAGGACAACCUCAUCCGAACGGCGUUUCUCGACCUUGCCCAGCGCGUGUGGACGCGUCUGCAAUCAUAG